CAAUCCCCCCUGCUUAUCUCUCUCUCUCUCUCUCUCUCUCUCUCUCUAGCUCGCUCUCUCGCUCUGCAACUGCAAUGGCGUCUUCCCUGACGUCGCUCUCCUCCAUCAGAAUCCCUAGGCGCUGCUGCCGCUUCGCGCUCGGGCGUCUCUCCUCCUCGUCGCCGCCGGCGCUCGCCUCGCGCCACUCGCCUUGGGGCCGCCGCCCGGCUCCGCGGCCGCGCAGGGCCUCGUUCUCUCUCAGUUUCUCGAGGAAACUCUCUCGGUCUUCCUUCUCCGGCGGCAGCAGGAGCUCCGAGGUCCCGAGCCUGAAGGACUUCAUGGCCGCGCGGUCCGCGGCGUCUCUCUCCGCCGCCGAAAUCCAGCCCGAUCUUGUACCAGCUGCUGAAGGUCUUUCAAAAGGUCGAAUUUAUCAAGAGACUUAUGGUUGUCAGAUGAACGUCAACGAUAUGGAGAUAGUCCUCUCGAUCAUGAAAAAUGCAGGAUAUAGUGAAGUUGUGGAUGUCCCUGAAAGUGCUGAGAUCAUCUUUAUCAACACCUGUGCUAUAAGGGACAAUGCAGAGCAGAAGGUCUGGCAAAGACUUAACUACUUUUGGUUCCUCAAGAGACAUUGGAAGAGCAAUGUCAAAAUUGGUAGGUCACAGUCGUUGCGCCCUCCAAAGGUAGUUGUGUUGGGAUGUAUGGCAGAGAGGUUAAAAGAGAAGAUACUAGAUUCUGAUAAGAUGGUUGAUGUGGUUUGCGGACCAGAUGCUUACAGAGAUUUGCCUCGAUUGUUGGAAGAGGUUGACUACGGUCAGAAAGGAAUCAAUACUCUUCUCUCACUUGAAGAAACUUAUGCCGAUAUCAGUCCAGUUAGAAUCUCUAAGAACUCUGUUACUGCUUUUGUCUCAAUAAUGAGGGGUUGCAACAACAUGUGCUCAUUUUGCAUUGUUCCUUUCACUAGAGGUAGAGAACGGUCACGCCCUGUUGAGUCAAUCGUAAGAGAGGUGGAAGAGUUGUCAAAUGAAGGUGUGAAGGAGGUGACACUACUUGGCCAGAAUGUUAAUAGCUACAACGACACGUCUGGACUUGAAAAAGACGUUGAACCUGGCACAAAUUGGAAAUUGAGUGAAGGAUUUUCCAGCAUGUGCAAGGUGAAAAAAAUGGGUCUGCGUUUUGCUGAUCUUCUAGAAAGACUCUCCACAGAAUUUCCUGAAAUGCGAUUCAGAUACACGUCCCCUCACCCUAAGGACUUUCCUGAUGAGUUACUGUACCUGAUGAGAGACAGGCAUAACGUCUGCAAAUACAUCCAUUUACCAGCACAAACAGGGAGCUCAACAGUGCUUGAGAGAAUGCGUCGUGGCUAUACCCGUGAGUCAUACCUAGACCUUGUGCAAAAGAUAAGGCAAAUUGUUCCUCAAAUGGGGAUAAGCAGCGACUUUAUUUGUGGUUUUUGUGGAGAAACUGAAGAGGAGCAUGAAGACACGCUUAGCCUUGUAAGAGCAGUUGGUUAUGAUAUGGCAUACAUGUUUGCUUAUAGCAUGAGAGAGAAAACACAUGCUAAUAGAAACUAUGACGACGAUGUUCCUGAAGAAGUCAAGCAAAGGAGGCUGAAUGAACUUAUUGAGGCUUUCCGUGAGAGUACAGGUCAGUGUUUUGAUUCCCAAAUUGGAAGCAUCCAACUUGUUUUGGUUGAAGGGCCCAACAAGAGAGCUCCAGACACUGAACUCAUUGGCAAGAGUGAUAGAGGCCACCGAGUGUGUUUUGCAAAACUCCCGGUCAUUGAUCAUGCCGAUAAUUCUACUUGCAAGAGAAAUCCUUCCGUUGGUGACUACGUAGAAGUCCACAUAACAAAAUCUACACGAGCUUCACUAUUUGGUGAAGCUCUUGCCAUUACAAAAUUGAGUUUAUUCCAUAGAGUCCAGGAUGAGGAGCUGGUUGCCUGUGAAAGCAGUGCUUAGAGAAUGCUAAUGUACCAAUGUGCAUAUUGAGUUAGAUUACGUCUCUGAAAUGUCAUAAGCUGCUUGAGGAUGGCUCGGCUGUUUUCUGUUGUCAAUUGGGAACGUGCCAGCCAAUGAAAAACUCAAACCGAGAUGAUGUGCGGCACGAAAUUCUUCAAUUGCAGAUGUUGAGCAGAUCAGAGUAACGUCCAGAGGAGACUCGAACGACAUCUACAUUCAUCUA